AUGUCUUCAUACCGCGCCGUCGAUUCGCCGCCUCGCCAUCCGACAAUUCCCGCCUUUUCCUGCCGCCAGAGCCAUUCGGCCGCCCGCGUACCCGCCGCGCGCUCCCCCUCCGCUCAUUCACCGUCCGCGCGCUCCUCCCGCCGUGGCCGCGGCGGGCCUUCCGUCCUUCCUCGCGGCGCAGCAUGGCUGGCGGCUGUCGCAGUCGCA